AUGUCUGUAGAGAAAGAGAUCGACAAAAAUGCCUUCACAAAUUAUAUCCCUAUGGAUUCUGAAGAAGAAAAUCCAGAACUCCCAACCCAGUUAGGCCCAGAUAAACUAACCCAAAGAUACGACAGUCGAAAAAUCAUCGAUCGGGAAGACGAAUAUCAGCGGCGCAAAAGAUUAAGGACAUUUUCCCCAGAAAGAGCUGAUGCGUUUAAUAAAACAGACAAAGACAUAAAUAAACGCUCAUAUGCUGACAUCUUAAAAGAGCAAGCCCAGGUAAAAGCAGAUAGAGAAAAGCAGAAAAGAAAUCUGCAAGAAAAGCGAGAAAGGCUAAAUAAAGGCGAAAGCAAAUCUUAUGAGCAUGAGGCUUCUAAUGAUUAUGCAAGCACAAGGAAUGAAAGCGAGUCAGAUACCAGGAAAACCAGAUGGGGAGGAGAAACCCCAACGAUUUCUAGGUCUCCUGAGCCUUCAGAUGAAAAUCAGGCAGGAAAAGCUAAAGACAAUUGGGAUGCCCCUUCUGAGAAUUCUGACUCAACAGCACCUAAUGUAUACUCUAACAUAACACCCCAGAACCUUAAAAUGCUGAGACUUGCAAAAGAGCUAGAAGAAAGAAAUAAAUAUUUGACUGAUGAAGAGCUAAAUGGGCUCCUUCCAAUAGACGGCUAUGAAAUUGUGCCAGUCCCUGACACCUAUAAACCGCCAAAAACUAAUAGAAUAAACCCAUUCUUAGGCGGCAUGAAUUUUUAUCAAAUCCCAGAAGAGCUUGGAAAACCUUAUGAGGUACCUGGAGUUCCUGAUUCAGGACCAAAUGCAUUGCCCCAAAUAAAGCCAGAAGAUUUAGGCUACUUUGGAGCUUUGCUACAAGAGGUGGAUUUUGAUAAUUUGUCAUAUGAAGAACAAAAAGAGAGAAGAAUCAUGGAGCUUUUGCUAAAAGUAAAAAACGGUAACCCUAUAAUGAGGAAACAAGCUUUAAGACAAAUCACAGAAAAAGCAAGAGAGCUAGGGGCUGGGCCUUUGUUUAGCCAAAUUCUGCCUUUGAUGAUGUCGCCAACUUUAGAGGAUCACGAAAGGCAUUUAUUGGUAAAAGUUAUUGACAGAGUUUUAUAUAAUCCAAAUCUGGAGACUUACUAUUUUUUAUGGUAAUUGUCUACUCCAAAUUCUAUAGAGAAUUCUACCCGUCUGAAUAAAAAUAUAAUAUUUUAUUGUAAACUCUAUAAAUUGGACGACUUAGUAAGACCAUACGUGCACAAAAUAUUGGUUGUUAUUGAGCCUAUGCUUAUUGAUGAAGAUUUCUACGCAAGAGUCGAAGGCAGAGAAAUAGUGUCAUCAUUAAGCAAAGCUGCAGGCCUUGCUACUAUGAUUGCUACAAUGAGACCUGACAUAGAUCACAUCGAUGAAUAUGUCCGCAACACAACAGCAAGAGCUUUUGCAGUGGUCGCUUCAGCCUUAGGAAUUCCUGCUCUUUUACCGUUUUUAAAGGCAGUCUGUCAUAGCAGAAAAUCAUGGUUCGCUAAGCAUACUGGCAUAAAAAUAGUUCAGCAGAUUGCCAUCCUAAUUGGAUGCUCCAUUUUGCCACAUUUAAAAUCCUUGACUGAAAUCAUAAAAGAUGGACUCUUAGAUGAGCAGCCAAAAGUAAGAACUAUAACAGCUUUAGCAAUAGCAGCGCUGGCUGAAGCAUCUGCUCCUUAUGGAAUCGAAGCUUUUGAACAUAUUAUCCAGCCUCUUUGGGAAGGUAUUAAAACUCAUAGUGGAAGAGCCCUUGCGGCGUUUUUAAAAGCUAUGGGAUAUAUAAUCCCAUUAAUGGAUCCUGAGCAUGCUGGCGCAUGCACUCGCAAAAUCAUGCACGUAGUUAUAAGAGAGUUUGACACUCAAGAUGAAGAUAUGAAAAAAAUUGUCCUAAAAGUCCUGAAGCAAUGUGUCAGCACUGAAGGCGUCUCCGCAAACUAUGUCAGAGAUCACAUUUUGCAAGACUUUUUCAGAUCUUUCUGGCUUAGAAGAAUGGCGCUUGACAAAAAAAACUCAAAACCGCUCAUAGAAACGACAGUAGAGCUAGCAAAUAAGGUAGGAGGCGGAGAAAUAAUUGGGAGAAUUGUAGACCACUUGAAAGACGAGAACGAGCCUUUUAGAAAAAUGGUAUUGGAAACUAUAGAAAAAAUUGUUAUAAAUCUAGGCGUCGCAGAUAUCAACUCCAAGCUUGAAGAAAAAGUGAUGGACGGGAUGCUUUUUGCCUUUCAAGAACAAGCUACUGAUGAUUCCGCAGCCGUCAUCAACGCAUUUGGAACAGUAGUCAGUGCUUUAGGGAUCAGAUGCAAGCCUUCAAUACCAUACAUUUGUGGUACCAUUCAAUGAAGACUCAAUAAUAGAUCUCCAAGGGUAAGAAUGCAAGCAGCCGAUUUAGUUGCAAAAAUUGCAAUAGUGAUGAAAGCCUGUGGUGAAGAUAAUUUAAUGGGCAGAAUGGGGGUGGUCCUCUAUGAGUGCCUAGGAGAAGAAUACCCUGAAGUGCUUGGGUCUUGUCUGUGCGCCUUAAAAGCUAUCGUAAAUGUGAUAGGGAUGACCAAGAUGACGCCUCCAAUAAAAGAUUUGCUGCCAAGACUUACCCCUAUUCUUAAAAACAGGCAUGAAAAAGUCCAGGAAAACGUCAUUGAUUUAAUAGGAAGAAUUGCAGACAGAGGUGCUGAGUAUGUCUCUGCUAAAGAAUGGAUGAGAAUCUGCUUUGAUUUAUUGGACCUGCUAAGAGCCCACAAAAAAGGGAUCAGAAGAGCUACUGUGAAUACAUUUGGGUACAUUGCGAAGGCUAUUGGCCCUCAUGAUGUGCUAGGAACUCUUCUUAAUAACCUGAAAGUCCAGGAAAGGCAAAACAGAAUCUGUACCACAGUUGCCAUUGCGAUUGUAGCUGAAACUUGUGGGCCUUUUACCGUCAUUCCAGCCUUAAUGAAUGAGUAUAGAGUUCCCGAGCUCAACGUCCAGAAUGGAGUCCUUAAAUCUUUCGCGUUUAUGUUUGAGUAUAUUGGAGAAAUGACAAAAGAUUAUAUCUAUGCAGUUACUCCUUUAUUAGAAGAUGCAUUGGUUGAUAGAGAUUUAGUUCAUAGACAAAUUGCGUGUGCAGCUAUAAAACAUCUUGCAAUUGGAGUGGAAGGGCUUGGCUGCGAAGACGCACUUACACAUUUGCUUAAUUUUAUAUGACCAAAUGUUUUUGAAAACUCUCCACAUGUCAUUAAUGCUGUUAUUGAUGCGUUGGAUGGACUUAGACUUGGCUUAGGUGUCGGAAGGCUGCUAUCAUAUGUAACCCAAGGCCUUUUCCAUCCUGCAAGAAAAGUUAGGGAUGUAUACUGGAGAAUUUAUAAUUUAUUGUACCUUGGAAAUCAGGAUGGCUUAGUCAUGUCAUUCCCAACACUGAUUGAUGAUGAAAUGAACACGUAUAGAAGAACUGAGCUAGAGCUAUUCCUUUAA